AUGGUCAACUACCAGACCGGCACCGAAUUCUCGUCUAAGUCGUUCGCCCAGGAGACGACGACUCCCGUCAAUCAAGCCGGAGGAUCCGCUCCUCAAUGCUGCCACUGCGGCUGGCGCGGGGCCCAUGCUCCCAACUGCCCAUUCAAGUAG